AAUGACGAUUCUUCGUUUGGGCCCAAUAUUUUAAGUAUCCAUUCACCUAAAACCCUAAUCUUAGUGUCCAUUUUGCGCCAGAGUUUUCUUCGGUUGUUCGUGAACCACUCUGAGAUAAACAAUGGUGAAGCAUAACAAUGUUAUCCCUAACGAACACUUCCGUAAGCAUUGGCAAAACUAUGUGAAGACAUGGUUCAAUCAACCAGCAAGAAAGACAAGAAGACGUUUAGCUCGUCAAAAGAAAGCUGUCAAGAUUUUCCCUAGGCCUACAGCUGGACCUCUCAGGCCUAUUGUUCAUGGACAGACUGCGAAGUACAACAUGAAAGUUAGAGAUGGUAAAGGAUUUUCUCUUGAAGAAUUGAAGGCUGCCGGUAUUCCCAAAAAGCUUGCUCCAACUAUUGGCAUUGCUGUUGAUCAUCGCCGUAGAAACCGAUCCUUAGAAAGUCUGCAAGCUAAUGUGCAGAGGCUGAAAACAUACAAGGCCAAGUUGGUUGUCUUUCCAAGACGUGCACACAAGGUCAAGGCUGGUGAUUCUACUCCUGAGGAACUUGCAAAUGCCACACAAGUCACAGGAUCAUACUUGCCUACUGUGAGGGAGAAGCCAUCUGUAGAGCUUGUCAAGAUUACAGAUGAAAUGAAGGCGUUUAAAGCUUAUUACAAGCUUCGCCUUGAACGCACCAACAAACGCCAUUAUGGUGCCAGAUUGAAGAAGGCUGCCGAGGCAGAAAAAGAAGACAAGAAGUGAAAACCUCGGGAAGUCUGCAUUCCUAAUCGAUAGUUAUUGCAAUACAAUAUUUGCUUGAUAUUUACUUUAUCAAGAACAAAAUUUUAUUCUUAAAAAUUCCUAUCGCUAUUUUUAUUUUGUAAACUUUGGUUAUUCAAUUUUGGUGGUUUAAUUAGAAAUCUGAUCUGAUUAGCAUUUGUUUUA